AUGGUUCAUCUCACCAAGACCCUUGCGGUGGGUCUUUUGGCAGGCGUUGCGAGCAUCGCAAACGCCUUCAACUAUGAUCAGCCGUACCGUGGCCAAUACCAUUUCUCACCCCAGGAUCAUUGGAUGAAUGACCCCAAUGGUCUUUUGUAUCACGAUGGGAUCUACCAUUUGUUCUUCCAGUACAACCCCGGCGGUAUCCAAUGGGGGAACAUGUCCUGGGGCCAUGCCACCAGCAAAGAUCUGACCCACUGGGAGCAAAAGCCCAUCGCCCUCCUUGCCCGGGGAUUUGGAGGCAAUGUUACCGAGAUGUACUUCAGCGGCAGUGCGGUCGUUGAUUUGAAUAACACCAGUGGCUUUGGCAAGGGCGGCAAGGCCCCUAUGAUCGCCAUGUACACUUCCUACUAUCCCGUUGCGCAGACUCUACCUAGUGGAAAGACCAUUCAGGAGAAUCAGCAAGCCCAGUCCAUCGCUUACAGUCUUGACGAUGGUAUGACCUGGACCACGUACGAUGCCUCCAAUCCGGUCAUUUACAACCCUCCAGCCCCAUAUGAAGACCAGUACAAGGACUUCCGUGACCCCUUCGUUUUCUGGCACGAGGAGUCCCAAAAGUGGGUUGUCAUCACUUCUCUGGCCGCAUUGCACAAGCUUGCCAUUUACACUUCCGACAACCUUAAGGACUGGAAGUUGACGAGUGAGUUUGGUCCUUUCAACGCCCAAGGCGGCGUUUGGGAGUGCCCCGGUCUUUUCAAGUUGCCCCUUGAUGGAGGGAAGUCCACGAAGUGGGUCAUUACGCUCGGACUAAACCCCGGUGGUCCCCCGGGCACGGUGGGCUCCGGGACCCAGUACUUUGUGGGUGACUUUGACGGCACUACUUUCACUCCCGACGCCAAUACUGUGUACCCCGGAAAUGGGACCGCCAAUUGGAUGGAUUGGGGCCCAGACUUCUAUGCCUCGGCUGGCUACAAUGGCCUCUCUGUUGAUGACUAUGUUCAAAUCGGGUGGAUGAACAACUGGCAGUAUGGAACAAACAUUCCCACCAGCCCCUGGCGAAGCGCCAUGUCCAUUCCUCGCCACCUGACUCUCAAGACCAUCGGGGCCAAGCCGACUCUCGUUCAGCAGCCCAAGGAAGCCUGGUCUUCUAUCGUGAGCAAGCAACCAGUCUACUCGCACACCUACAAAUCUGUUCCGCAAGGCACCGUUAAGGUAGGCACAACCAAAGAGACCAUCAAGAUCGACUUGAGCUUCGCUGCUGCGUCGACCGCUUCGGAGUUUGCCAUCGCUGUUCGGGCCUCCGCCGACUCCACCGAGCAGACUCUUAUCGGUUACGACUUCGUCAACAAGCAGGUCUUUAUUGAUCGCACCAAGUCUGGAGAUGUGUCUUUCGACAAGACCUUCGCCAGCAUCUACCGCGGACCCCUCGAACCGGAUGUCAAAGGCAAGGUGAACCUGAGCAUCUUUGUCGAUCGGUCCAGCGUGGAAGUCUUCGGCGGCCAGGGCGAGACUACCCUGACGGCUCAAAUUUUCCCUAGCAGCGAUGCGAUUCACACCCAGCUGGUGUCGACUGGGGGGGCCACUAAGAGCGUCAAUUUGAAAAUCUAUUCUGUCGCCUCGACUUGGACCUAA